AUGGCGCAGGUUUCUGGUUAUCCUCCGAUCAUUAUCCUCAAAGAUGACGUGGACGCUUCACAAGGUAUCGGGCAGAUCAUAUCCAACAUCAACGCCUGCGAGCAGGUUGUAGAGGUGUUGCACAGCACACUGGGCCCGCGAGGCAUGGAUAAACUCAUCCAGGGGAGCGACGGCAAGGUCACUAUAUCGAAUGACGGCGCGACGAUCCUUCGAGUGCUCGAAGUUGUGCAUCCUGCGGCUCGUUUGCUAGCUGACAUCGCCAAGUCUCAAGACGAGGAAGUCGGUGACGGUACCACGUCGGUAGUGCUGCUGGCAGGCGAGCUGCUGCGUCAGGCGAAGGGCUUUCUCGAGGACGGCGUGCACCCACGCGUUAUCAUCUACGCUUAUCGCGAGGCACACCGCAUGAUCUCGGAGCGCUUGAAGCAGAUCGCGGUCGAUGUGAGCGGUCAACUGAAGGUCCUGCGCGCCGAUCCCGAACGCGUUUCCACAGAAGAACGUGAGGCCGCUCGCGCCCUGCUACAGCGCUGUGCGGGGACGGCGCUCAACAGCAAGCUCAUCGCGCAAUACCGUGAAUUUUUCGCAGGUAUAGCUGUUGAUGCAGUCCUCGCCCUGGAUGAUGAUCUGGACCUGGACAUGAUCGGCGUGAAAAAGGUCAAUGGUGGCAGUGUGACGGACUCGUGCCUCGUCGCGGGUGUCGGCUUCAAGAAGACGUUCAGCUAUGCCGGCUUUGAGCAGCAGCCGAAGAAGAUACAUCAACCCAAGAUUCUGCUGUUAAACUUAGAACUGGAACUCAAGUCCGAGAAGGAGAAUGCGGAGGUGCGGGUGCAAUCCGCUGCUGCUUACCAGCAAAUCGUGGACGCGGAGUGGAAUAUCAUCUACGAGAAACUUGAGAAAAUAGUGGCCACUGGAGCUCGUGUUGUGCUCUCCCGGCUGGCAAUUGGCGAUCUCGCGACGCAGUACUUCGCUGAUCGCGGAGUUUUCUGUGCUGGUCGUGUUCCCGAUGCCGAUCUGCAGCGGGUGGCGCGAGCGGUCGGUGCCCGCGUUCAGACCACUGUUCACGAUAUGCGAGUGGAAGAGGCUCUGGGUACCUGUGAGUGGUUCGAAGAGCGGCAGGUCGGAGCGGAGCGCUUUAACUUUUUCACUGGAUGCAAGGAGGCUCGGUCGGCCACCAUUUUACUCCGCGGCGGAUCCGAGCAAUUCCUCGAUGAAACCGAGCGUUCCCUACACGACGCCAUCAUGAUUGUCAGACGUACGCUCAAGUACCCCGAGCUGGUGGCUGGUGGCGGCGCUGUCGAAAUGGAGCUCAGCAAGUUUCUGCGGGAGCGAUCUAGGCAUAUCCAGGGCAAAGCGCAGCUCUUGCUCGCGGCUUACGGCAAAGCACUCGAGACCAUACCCCGCACACUCUGUGAGAAUGCUGGUUUUGACGCCACUGACCUCCUCAACAAACUACGGGCAAAACACGCGACCAGCGACGAGAAUCUCUGGUUCGGAGCAAACCUGGAAACCGGUGAACCGCAAGACUGCUGGCAGAACUAUGUCUGGGAACCGGUCCUGAUUCGUGCCAAUGCAUUUGCUUCGGCAACGGAGGCUGCAUGCACGAUUCUCAGCAUUGACGAAACCCUCAAAACGGAGACCAGUGAUAAGAACGACGCGAUUCGCUGA